AUGAACAUUAAUAUUUCUUAAAACAUGGAAGAUAAACCAAAAUUACUUUGUGAUUCGCAUGCAAAUUAAAUAUGCGAUUUUCUUUUUUUAUAAUAAAGCAUGCAUGCAGAAAAUUAGUUUAAAUUAUUAUGCAAAAAAUGUAUUGUUAAAGGUGACUUUACAAGAGGAUAUUUAAUAGAUAUAGAUCAGAGAGUUAAUCCUUCAAGCGAUAAAGAAGUUAUUCAUAAUUGGCCUCCUUUAAAAGAAAACUAAUUAUAUAUUUAAUUAGAAAAUAUAAUGAAUAACUAAAAUAGUUAAUAUUCCCUAAUCUAAAAGAUAGAAUAACAAUAUGAAUAAACUAAACGCUAUUUUAAUGAAAAAUUAGAUGAAUAUUUCAAAUAUAUUUUAACCAAAAUAAAUUAAUUUUCAUAGGAUUAUGUUUAAAGUAUAUACAAUCAAAUAGGUGGAGUUGAAAAACUUAAAGAUUGUUUUACUAUCAAUAAUUAUGUUGAUUUUAAUUAACUUAAAGAACUAGUUAAUUUAUAGUUAAAAAACUUAGAAAAUAAUACUAAUAUUAUUAACCUUGCUACCAAAUAGUAUAAACUAAUGUAAAGCAGUGGAAUUAUAUUUGAGCAGCUGUAAAAAAAAUUAAAAAUACUAUUUGAAAAAAUAGAUGGAAAAUAUGUAAAUGAUUUUAUUUUCACAAAUUUACUUGAGGAAGAAAAUCAAGAAAAAAUCGAAAAAAUAAUUUUUGUCAAUGAAUCAAAUUAAAAAUUGAAAUCUUUGGAUUAAAAUAUUUAAUUUGAGUGGAAAUCGUUUGAGGAAAUACAAAAUGGAAUAUAAAUUAACUUUGACCCUAGGACUUUAGAGAAAAACAUUAUUUUCACAAAAGGAUUUUCUAUUCCUGAAUAAAGAAUUUAGCUUUAAAAUAUAAAAAGUAAUUAUAGCUGGUGGGUAUAAAUAUAAGAAAGCUUUUCUAAUGGUGGAAACAGGUAAAUUUAUCUAGAAUCAAACAAAAAAGCAAAAAAUUACGAUAAAUUAGAUAAUAAAAAACCUUGCAAUAAUAUAAAUUACUUAGGUGAUAAUAUAGCAUUAGUGAUUAAUGGUUAAUAAUUAGUUGAAUAAUUAAAACUUAGAGUAAAUGAAAUAAAAACUAAAUAUAGUCAAUUAAAUAAUUGA